AUGAUGAUGAUGGACAUGGGCAUGUACGGGACCUACGCCAAGCAGGACACUUAUCAUGCUAAUUAUAAUUUGUCGUCGCAUGGCACGAGUGUCGGGUUAAGUUUGAGUCACGGAGUAGUCGAGCAGGGCUCGAGUUCGCCCGAAUUGGGCUUAGUGCCCGGUAACAGUGGAUCCCAUUAUUACCCCCACGGCGCUGUCGCCCCGUACUCGACGACGAGCGCCUCGUCUUCAACGGCCGAGGUUGUUUAUCUGCAACAUCAGCAGCAGCAACAGCAGCACCAGCAAAGUUCCGGCACGGAAUCGAGCGCCGUUGAUAGCUCAGCCACGCCACCUCCGGCGCUUCAAGCUUUUUAUUCGCCCUCGGGGGCGCUCCUUCACGAGGAUACCCCGCCAAUUAUCUCCUCGGAGAAUGGCCUGAGCUAUACGAACCUCGAUUACGCCAAUUCUCCACCGAGUUACGUCCCAGGGAUUUCGGUCGUCCAGCAACCGAACUUGCAUCACUCGCAUCAACAUCAUGCCCACCAUCAUCAGCACGCCAAUACGCCCCAUGGAUCGGCUAUGGGCUAUCAUCACAUUCAGCACGCAGGGCCUCCCAGCAACGCAUCUUACUGCAGCAGAGACGACAGUCUUCAUUCCCCAGGCCCCCCGCAUUCCUUGCCCAUAGCUUCGGGCACAACUAUUCAUUCGAGCCAACACCAGCAGCUCGGCCAAGGAGCCCAGCAGGCCUCCGGGCUCGCGAUAGCCCAGGAUCACGAACGUCUUCACAGCCUCCAACAAUCUAGUCAAACCCAGCACCAUCAGCAUCUCUCGCAUCCUCACAGCCAUCAUCAGCCCCGCCAGAACCGUGAGCCUCCGGAAUAUCAAAGCCCAACUAGUCUCCUACCUUCUAGCACGACCAACUACCUUCAUCAACACCACUUGACAUCGGUGCCCGGCCCAACGACGGAAGAUUCGAUGCAGUACGCCGCUGGUACGUCCAUGCGAUUGCAGACUGGCUACGGACAUCCGUCGGCGGAUUACAAGGACCACGAGAUCGCCGCGUACCACGCGCUCCACCAGACUCCUACGCACUCCCUUCACGGCCAGCGCAUCCAUCCGAGCCAACACGGUCUUUCCCUGCAUCCGCAUCAUCUGCAUCAAUCGCAACAGCAACAACAACAACAACAACAACAACAACACGGCAUCGCCGCGUCAGCCUCCAUUCUCGGCACGGCCCAACACCAAGCCGGACAUCACCAUCCGCAUCAACAGCAGCAACAUCAACAACCGCAGGCUCAAGUGCCAACGUACAAGUGGAUGCAGGUCAAGAGGAAUGUCCCGAAACCAGUAGGAGCAAAAUCCACUCAAAACGGCGGGGAUUUCGGGAGCAAUGUUGGCGCAGGGAGCGGUCUGUCGAUAGGAUUGGUAUCAGGAGCUGUAACGACGGUUUACUCGCCUCCAGGUACGAGCAACGUAGCCAGUGGGUCUGGGAAUGCCCUCGGACCGGACGGUUCACCAGUGAAUUGUCUCGCGGGGAGUCAAUCGAGCGCCGGAAGUCUCGGGCUCUCAACGUCCUCGAUGAGCUCGUUGUCCACAGGUGCUUUCAACAACACUGGUCGAACGAACUUUACGAACAAACAGCUGACCGAGCUCGAGAAAGAAUUUCACUUCAACAAGUACCUGACGCGGGCUCGCCGGAUCGAAAUAGCUUCAGCGUUGCAGCUCAACGAAACUCAAGUCAAAAUAUGGUUUCAAAAUCGUCGGAUGAAGCAGAAGAAACGCUUGAAGGAGGGCCUCAUCGGUUCGAGCGGCGGGGAGGUCGCUAGCGGUGGGACAGCAUCGACGACCAGCGGCACCGUUUCCGGUGGACUGUUGCCGAACAACGGUUCUGCGCAUCUUGGCAAUAUUUGUCGAAGCACGAGCAGCUCGCCAACGGGAUCGACGAGCCACCUCGAGAUCGGCAGCCUUCAGAGCGGCGGAAUGUCCUUCGCUUCUGACAGCAAUUGCCACGAUUCUCCGCCCGCCGUUGCCAACAACAAGGAAUGACGGCACGACGAAACUUUCGAAUCUUUUACGAUCGAGAGAUUACGAUAGUGCUUUUUUCUUCCUUCGUAACUGCGAGGACUUCGAGCAAUGCCUUUCUGUACAGCCAUGCACCCACCUUCUCAGCGCCAAUUUUUCCGAAGCCAAAUUUAAUUUACCAUUUUUAUCGACUCUAGAAACUCGCCAUUCGUUUCCUCGUGUCCUUACCCCUCCCACAAACAAUCCUUCCAAUUCCGUUCGAACAGUCCCCAAAUCUGGUGUCGCCGAUGCACAUUCUAGCGUUGUAACCAACUCAAUUUUUACGCUCCUUCGUGAAUCAGCCGCGCGGCGAGGCGCUCGCCGGGACAACCGUCGCGUGUCCGUUUUACCUUACUUUUUCUUCUCCCAUAGUCAUUUUUACAGUGUCAUCACGCGACCAUAAUUUAACAAGUAUAGUAUAGCGUGUGUGUGAGCUUUCUGAGGGCGAUACACGACGGAGAGCGCGUGUCCACGUUCACCGACGCCUUUUUUCUCGUCGAAUCUUUCUCUUUCUCUCUUUCUCUCCCUCUCUGACUCCCCAUCGUUAAUUUUCUUCCUACAUUGCUCGAAAUGCUCUCGAACUCGCGCGCACUCGGUGUGAUUUUUCUAAAUCAUUAAAAACUUGGCGAUGUUGCCCUUCGUCGACGCAAGCACGAGCUAAAGAACAGAAAUAUUUCGAUAAGCCCGGGCCGAACGAAGGUCGAAUAUGAAUUCCCCGGUCUAGAGCCGAUACCGAAGCAGCUGACUCACUGCUCCCUUGUAAAUAUAGGUAUAGGAGAGAAUAAAUCGACAGAAAAGUACCACUUAUUACGGAUAUAUACUCUGAUUUAGAGCUUAGUUCAGUAGACUUGAAGCGGCCGAAACCAAAAGUUACCAAGUACCUCGCGAUUCGUGUAUAUUUAAUAAUUAAUAAUGAAAAUGUAACUUAUGCAACUCUUUUUAAUAUAUAUAUAUAUAUAAACAUAUGGACGAAAUAGUGGAUUGUUAAAAUCGGAAAAAUCGGCGCGCGAGGCAGCACACAAAUUUCAACCUGCCAAAUUUCGUUUUUCCAUUUUAUUUACUUUUAUUACUCGACUCAUAUCGCCCAAAUGUCAUUGCAACGUCACACUUCUCGCCCUAUUCUAACUACUUUUUAACUGAGAAAAUUUCAUCGACCUCUUUCAUUAUUUGUUAACGUAGUGUUUUCGCCAUAGUCACAUUCGGAAGUCGACUUCAAUAAAGUGAAUACUCGUUAACUUCAACUUUUGUUGCUCGAAAAGCUCCCCUCAAACUGACGUUUCAUCUGAAAAAUCUGGUAGGAAGUCACGGAAUUAUUGCUGAGAAAUAGAAUAUUCUCUGGCAAUCCCCCACAAAACCUCGUGCACAAAUUUGCUAUUUUUAUUCCAAUAUCAAUAAAAUAGGAUGGCAAAUCCUUUUGAAAUUUGGUUUAUUUGUAAAUUCAAAUGUGAGGAACUCGUCUUUGAAAAUAAUGAAAAGAAGUUCUACAGUUCUGCACAGUUCGGCGAGAAUAGUACCUUAAACGAGCGUGGAAUCGGACUAAUCAAUCAAUUGCGUUGUCUGUAGAUAUAUACGAGCCUGCGUACGUUUUUCCGACUGUGUACCAGUUCAUUGUGAUAGCGCGAAUAUAUAAAUAACUGGUAGCUAAAAUAUAUAGUUGAUUAAAAACGAUGAACUAUCAUAUUUGAGCAAAUAACUUAAUGUAUUUAAAUAUGUAAAUAGAAACCCACCCUCCGUGUAAACUUGUGGAAAAGUCAUAAGUAUGACUACGAAGAAAAACAAUAAAAGAUGAAAAAUGUUUGAAAAAUACUAGUUUCAAUUAUUUGGGAAAAUGUGAUUUUUUCAAUAGCAUUUGAAAGUCUUAGGAAAAAGAUUCAAAUCGACUAAACUUUGGCCAGAGCACUGAAUUGAACUGAGCACAAGUAUCAUUUGUUUGGCAACUUCGAGUUCUCAAAAUUAUCGCGUAAUGUGUUACAUUUUAUUUUUAGAACUCAAAACUAUGCUUAAUUUGCUGUAAAUUAUUAUUUGAAUUAUUUAUUAAAAUCGGAGGAUGCAGGAAAGAAAAAU